UGGGUCCAUCCAGGCAAGAAAAAGACUAGAUGAAAGAAGCAGCAGAUGCAGAUCCCGCACGACGGCAAUUGGCAACCACCCACCGUCCCUCCCCCAGGACCAAACACGCGGGAAAACGCAACACCCACCACCCCACGCCACCGGCUCGCCGGCCCCACCGCCGGCGUGGACACACCGGUGGCCGCGGCGACGUGCCGGAAGUACCAGCAGAAGCUGCGAGGCCGACCGGGCCCGCCCCCUCCCUUGCCACCUUCCCCCACUACCAUCGCCGCUGCUAUUUUCCGUGGCUCACCUGCUUCACUUUCCUGACCUCGUGUCAUGUUCUCCUCCCCUUUCUUGGAUUCUUUCUUGUUGCCGGCCGCCAUUGCCACUCCUGAAUCUGCUGCUGCUGCUUCUUGCCACCGGCGGCGACGGCGCCCGUGGCGACUACGGUCCCUCUGUACUGUGCUGUCAACUGUCGGAUCUCGAUCUGGCUCCGAUCGCCGCCUGAUUGAAGGUUUGUGCUGGGCUGCUGGCAAGUGUGAGAGUGAGAGAGGGCCAUGGCUAUUGAGGCAAAGCAUGACACAUUAUGCAUCAAGAAAAUUUUGAGAUGUUCUAUCAGGAUAAGCUAUAGAUGUGCCUCUGAACACUGGGCUCUCUUCAGUCUAGCUCUACUGCUUUACCUGCUGUACAGAUCUUCACCAGGCCUCUUCGCUUUCCUUCUCUCCACUUCUCCUGUAAUUAUAUGCGCCACCCUUCUUCUUGGAAUGCUGCUGAGUUAUGGGAGCACGCAUCUUCCUGAGACCGAUGACGACCGGAAGACUGCCACAGAUUUUUCAGCUCCCAGGUUUGGAUGUUGUUCAAGAGAUGUUUAUUUUGAAGCACGUCGGGGAUUUUCAGUGCCUGCAUUUAAGGAGAACACAGUUAGUUUCAAUUGUUGGGAAAUCAGAGACCAAAGUUUUGGCAAUGAGAGGGAUGACAAGCUUGUUGAGCUGGAUGAGGUUGUUCCUCCUCUGAAGGGAUCAGUUGAUCGAGGAGAUGAGAGAGUCGAUGCAGAUGAUAGUCUUGCUCAAGUACUCGCUUCUAAUCCUUCCGUGGUGACACUGCAGCAAGAGGUUGGUAUGGAGGAAUUCAUGAAAGCUAAUCAUGACAGAGAGUCCAAAGAUCCAUUUUUUAGCAGUAAUAAGAGUACCGGGUGUGCUAACUCGCUUGAGGAUGUUGAUCAGAGUCGAGUUGAUGAGAAGGACGCAACAUUUGGCUUAUGCUCCUCCAGUGAGAAUGAAAGGGAAAAUGGUGUAAUGUUGGCAAAGGAAAAUCAAGAUUCACAAUGUGACAGAGAGGCUUCAGAAGAUAAACCAGCUGAAAAGCCGGCAGGUGCUUGUAAGUGGGGCCGUGCUUUUUCUGUGCGUCAGAGAAAGAAGCUUGAUGGUCUAGUGAUCGAGGCUAUCAAUAUUGAUGUUGGCAGCCAGUUAAACACUUCUCCAGGUUCACCAUGUGCAAGAGUUGGCAGUCAUGAUGGUUCAUCAGGUUUUGAUUCUGGUAAGCCAGAGAGUUCCUCUUCUGACAUCACUGCGACUGAUGUUGCUCCGGUGCUAGAUGAGAUUGGUCCUCUUUUAGGCGACGAAUUAUCUAGUCCCAUUCCCAUUGCCAAUGGUGAUUUGGGAUGUGACUCCAGCCUCUUCCCUCAGGAUUCUCAGAUUGACAGUGAUAAUAAUAACAAGGUGGAUACUAGCAAAGUUGAAAAUGAUGCUAAGGAUGGACAGGAGAGGAAGGAUGAUGGUGGGAAUAAGCCUGGUUUUGCUUGGACAGCCGAUGAAGAUAAGAAUGCCAUGGAUCUUGGGUACUCCGAGGUGGAAAGGAGUCGUAGGUUGGAGUUCUUGAUGGCUAAGAGAAGAUCGAGGAAGAACAUAAUCUUUGAUCUUGACAGGAACAUGUUAGAUAUCGAUGGAAAUAAUGUUUGUCAGAGUUCAGAUAGAUUUUCACGUUUUCGUAUGCAAGUUCAGCCUAUUUCAGUGCCAAGGAGGAGCCCUUUUGACCUUGCUUCUGAUCCUGAUGAGGCCGCCAUUCCUGGCUCGGCUCCUUCCGUUAUGCAUCGGCAGAAGAACCUGUUUGAACUCCCUUUUGAACAAUCAAAUGAUAGUGGUGUAUCUGCACAUCAUGAUGUGGACUCUAAAGAGUUUGCGACAACUUCCCACCGGGACAUGGUCUUCAGGAGGCGUGAUACUUUCAACUUUGGCAGCCAAGAGAGACAACGUUCUAGAUUCAAGCCAUGUUUCAAGCUCGAGGCAAUGGACAUCAAGGAAGAAAGCGCGAGCAGUUUCCAGAGGCAGUUCAGUAACAACAGCGUGUCAAAACUGAGCGUUGUUUCUGAGUCUGACACCCUUUCUACGGUCGCCGAUCAAGAGGAACUCAAUGAUCUAGUCAAAAAGGAUUUCCAGAGGUGGUUAAGUGACAAGAGCAUGUCCAAACUUAGUAUUGUUUCCGAGUCUGAUACCCUUUCUUUAGUCGCCGACCAAGAAGAACACGAUGAUGUCGUCAUAAAGGAUAUCCAGAGAUGGUUCAGUGACAAGAGCAUGUCAAAACUGAGCAUCGCUUCUGAGUCUGAUACCCAUUCUUUGGUCGCUGACCAGGAGGAACCUAGUGGCCACAUCAAUAAGGAAUUCCUUUGGUAUUUCCAGAGGCAGUUCAGUGACAAGAGUGUGUCGAAACGUAGUGUUGUUUCUGAAUCUGGUACCCUUUCUUUGGUCGCUGAUCAAGAGGAACACAGUGACUUCAAUAAGGACUUCCUUUGGUAUUUCCAGAGGCAGUUCAGUGACAAGAGCGUGUCUAAACUGAGCGUAGCUGCUGAAUCUGAUAUCCUUUCUUCCGUUGCCGAUGCUAAUCAAGAGGAUCACGAUGACGCAAUCACAAAGGAUUUCCUUUGUGGACAUGCAUCACCAGAGCUGCUAAGACAGGAAAGUGAUCUUGAUAUGUUGGAAGAAAGCCCAGAUGUGACUAAUCUUGAAACUCUCCGUGCUGUCACCACUGGACUGGAGUCUGAGCAAUUGGAGGCGGCAUAGGAGCUGAUCAAGUGAUACGAAAACACAAAGUUUCCCCUGUACAUUUUGUGAAUGUAAGAACAUCAUACACUCUUCUAGCUACCAUUCUUUGAACAUAGGCCUUGUGAAGUUUCAGAAGUGAAAAGAAAAGGAAUUUAAAGCUUUUUGUGUGUACUACAAGUGUUCCAUCCCACAUAAUGUUGAACGCAUAUCUCAAAAUUUCAACCCUGAUUCCUGUCUGCUUGUACCAAAAGCUUUCCAGCUCCGAGGCAACCUCGAGCCACUCUAUGUAGAACACAAGUGGACAGCUAGUCAGCUACUCCCAAGGCUUGAAACUUGUGAAGUUCUUGUCCUGGUCGUCAGAAGAUUCGUUUCCUCAGUUGGAAGCAAGCAUACUUGGAUGCAAACAAAAGGUCCCUGCUGCCAUGUCGGCGGUGAAACAGCAAUCAUGUCAUCAUGUGCGCACGCUUGCUUCAGUGACAAGAACACUUGCCUUCCCUCUUUGGGUCACAGAAUUCAAAGGGGAGCAGAAGAGAGUCCCCAGAACAGCCUAAUUUUGCUUGCGUGCAUGAUUGAUUGACUGCCCCACUCAGUGAUCAGAAUGUUCUGAAUUUUCUUCUGCCAGAAGCUGAGGACGCUUGUAGCUUCUGCUUGCAGCCGUGUUGCAUGCUUACUUGGUCAGUGAUGGUGCUGAUUCUGUAUUAGCUCACUCAGUUGAGCGUUUGUGCUGGUAAUGAUGUCUCGGCAAUUGCAGUUCUUCGUA